UCGGUCGCGAACAAGGAGAGGAAUAGAGCUACUAAAGAAUCCAUAGUAAUUAACCAUUAGCGAUGGGAGUACCAGCCUUCUUCCGAUGGCUCUCCAGAAAAUAUCCAUCGGUGAUCAUAGAAUGCGUGGAAGAAAGGCAAUACAACACAGACGAUGGACAGACAGUUCCACAGGACACAUCCAAACCAAAUCCCAAUGGCAUCGAAUUUGACAACUUGUACUUGGACAUGAAUGGUAUUAUUCAUCCAUGUACUCAUCCAGAAGAUAAACCAGCACCAAAAAAUGAGGAUGAAAUGAUGGUUGCCAUUUUUGAGUGCAUAGACCGCCUGUUUACUAUUGUACGGCCUCGCAAAGUGCUCUACAUGGCUAUCGAUGGUGUGGCCCCCAGAGCCAAAAUGAACCAGCAGAGGUCAAGGCGUUUCCGUGCCUCCAAGGAAGCUGAGGAGAAGGCAGCAAAGGUGAAGAGCCUGAGGCAGGAGCUCUUGUCAAAGGGCUUCAAACUCCCCCCAGAGAAGCCCAAGGAAUCCCACUUCGACUCCAAUUGCAUCACUCCUGGAACCCCAUUCAUGGAGAGGCUUUCAAAAUGCCUUCACUAUUACAUUCAUGAUCGGUUAAAUAAUGACCCAGGCUGGAGGAAGAUUAAGGUUAUACUCUCAGAUGCAAAUGUGCCAGGUGAGGGAGAACACAAGAUCAUGGACUUUAUCCGGCGUCAGCGAGCACAGCCAGACCAUGACCCCAAUACCCAACAUGUCCUUUGUGGGGCUGAUGCCGAUCUCAUUAUGUUGGGACUGGCAACACACGAGGCCAACUUCACCAUCAUCCGAGAGGAGUUCAAGCCCAACAAACCCAAGCCAUGUGAUCUCUGUGGACAGCUUGGUCAUGAGAUGCAAGAGUGUGUUGGGAUUCCUGAUGGCAUGGAAGACGUAUCAGAGAAGGUAUAUGAGGAAGUCAAGUUUAUCUUCGUCCGGCUCAACGUGCUGAGGGAAUACCUAGAAAGGGAGCUUGCCAUGCCCUGCCUACCCUUUGAGUAUAACUUUGAUCGUGCCAUAGAUGACUGGGUCUUCAUGUGCUUCUUCGUGGGAAAUGAUUUCCUUCCUCAUCUGCCCUCACUAGAAAUCAGAGAAAAUGCAAUUGACCGUCUAGUUCGUCUUUACAAAGACUGUUGUUACAAAACUGGUGGCUGGUUAACAGACAGCGGAACAGCUGACAUGUCACGUGUGCAGAUGAUCAUGCAAAACCUUGGUAAAGUGGAGGAUGAGAUCUUCAGAGACAGGCAGAGGAGGGAACUGGACUUCAGGGCCCGAAACAAGACGAAGAGGAGACAGGAGAGAAUUGAAAAGGAAGCUGCAAACAUGUUCAGAGAUGUGAGUGGACAAGGAGCUUUGGGUGUCAUGAGAGCAGGAGAAGUGUCUGUCGCUUCAGGAGCUAAGGGAAUGAUCAUGCAGCAACGACUCACCAACAUGGAUGCCAAGGGACAGGGGCGUGGACAGAAGAGAUCCAAUGACCAAAUGGACAGUGACAGUGAGGAGGAGACCCCAGAUGAAGUGCGCUUGUACGAAGAGGGUGCAAAGGAUCGGUACUAUGAAUCAAAAUUCGAAGUCUCGUCUGAUAAUCAUGCAUUCAGGAAAAAGGUUGCCAAUGAAUAUGCACGUGGUCUCUGCUGGGUGUUAAAAUACUACUACCAAGGAUGUGUAUCAUGGGACUGGUACUUCCCCUUCCACUAUGCACCAUUUGCUUCUGACUUUUCCAACUGUGCAACUGCCAACAUUACCUUUGAUCAUGGAGAACCCUUUAAUCCACUGGAGCAGUUGAUGGGUGUGUUCCCAGCUGCAAGUCGAGCUCAUGUGCCUGAGCCAUGGGGAAAACUUAUGUAUGACCCAGAGUCUGUCAUCAUUGACUUCUACCCAGAAGACUUCAAGAUCGACCUGAAUGGAAAGAAGUUUGCUUGGCAGGGGGUAGCCCUACUCCCAUUUGUGGAUGAGAAAAGAUUAAAGAAUGCCCUGAAGUCAGUGUAUCAUAAAUUGACUCCAGAAGAAAAGUUGCGCAACAAAAGAGGUGAUAGUUUCCUCUAUGUCAGUGUGCAACACCAAUCUUACAAACAGCUGACUGACUUGUAUCGUAUGGGGAUGAGCUUUGACACUGAGGUUCCAAUUGCUGGAGAAGACUUCCAAGGCAUGCAGGGGACUGUGCUAAUGGCUACCAAUGUUGUCAAGCCAACUGGAGCUCUUCCAUCUCCAGUUAUAGGCUUGGAGGAACUUACAAACAACCAUGUUGUGACGGUAAGGUACAGGGAUCCAAAAUACUCAGAUGACUUCGUCUUCCCAGCCAGGAGAUUGGAAGGAGCUAAAGAACCACCCCGUGUCUUGAAGCCAGAAGAUUAUCAAGGAGGCAACAGAAAUUACCGCCCAGUGAUCGGAUUCAAUCAGAACAUGCCCCGCGCUUCACUCGGCAUGUCCGGCCACAGGACUCUAGGCCACCACCUGCCGAAUCUCCAGGGUGGAGGGCUGCUCAGCAACAACGUGCUGCUCCUGCAGGGUGGCCAAGGAGGGCAGGGCCUUCUAGGAGCUUGUCCAACGCAAGAAGGACUCCUCGGGGCAGCACCCGGCCAAGGCAGUUUCCUCGGGUCAGGUCUAGGAGGUCAGGGGACCAUGCUUGGUUCAGGAAUAGGUCAGAACAGCCUGCUAGGGAAAAGGCCAGGAGGACAAGGGGACCUUCCUAGAAUAGAAGGGGGAGGAGGAGGUGGAAGGCCCUUCAGUUCCCCAAGAACUGGGCCAGAAGAUAGUAACAGUUCUGAAAGAAGCGGGCCUGGUCGAGGGGCCUUGCUUGGGUCGGGGCCUCGCAGGCAGGGGCUUUUGGGAGAUGGGCCCAGUCAACAGAAUAUGCCCAAGACCAUGUGUGGGGAAGGGUGCCAUGAAGAGAAGGGACUCUUGGGGUCUGCUCCCCACCAGGAGGAAGUGAACGGAAGGGGACACCACGUAGGCCUUCUAGGGUCAGGGCCAUGGGAAGGGAAAAGUGAACACUGGCCUCAGAGACCACAUGGAAUGCAGUACCAAAAUGACAAUGUCGAUGCAAGAGGAUUUCCACAGAGAAGUCUCGGAUCAGGACCAUGGCAGGGAAGUCCUGGCGUCGAAAAGGAAAGCGGCCAAGGCAUGGGGUCCAGCCAGGACUCUUGUUUUGGAACAGAGAGGAAACAAGGUGGAGGACUUCUCGGCCUCUCCCCUGUCAUGAG